GAAAAUAACACACACACAUCCAUACACGCACGCACGCACACACACACACACACACACCUUCAAGCCAGGCGAGCCCGUGCCGUGGCUUUGUAAUGAGCAGUCGCAGUCUAGCGCGAUGAUAUUCGUCGUAUGCAUCCGGGCUGUCAGGCUUAUCUGGUUACAAAAUGAGUCAAAGCUAGUUUGGGUGGUUGAAACCGACAUGCUUUAAAUAUCAGUGGCGCUUUCAGUUCAUACAACAUUCCUGGAUCCUUCACCAGAACACAAGCUUUAGGGUCGGGACUCUUUUUGUUGAAGCAGGGCUUGGAAGAACAGAGGAAUUUCUGGAAAAGCUGCUGGUGGAAAACUGCCGGAAACGCACAAGUCCAAGUCAUCUGGGAUUGGUAUCGUUCACAUGAUGGAUGGGAUUUCAUUGUGCACAGGGGAAAUGACACGAUCUGUCACCCUGGAUUAAGACCGACUUCGAUUCACUCGUUGGUGGGAUUUGUUAACCACGAAGGAACGUGGCAUUUGGGCAAACUCCUGUUGACAGGAUAUUGACACCAUGAGGGUUUGGGAAUACUGACCAUAAUAUAAUCAGGGUUCUUAUCGGGGAGAUUUCUGCCUACAUGCUGACAGCUUGCAGUGCAGAAUGGCAUCAACCGAGAGACUGUAUGAGGUUUGGAUGCUAUACUGUAAUAAGAAGGACCCGGACUACCUGAAACUCUGGUUGGAGAUCUUCAUCGGCUCUUAUGAGAGAUGUCUGGAUGUGGAUUUCGAGAAACCGCCAACCAGGCUGGAGGAGACGCCGCCCGUCAUGACGCUGUUACCUGAUAACAUCCUGCAGGUGUUGCGUCUGCAGCUGCUGCAGUGUGUGCAGAAAGCGUCCGAGGGACUGGAGCCCGAGCAGCAGACGUUGGCGCUCCUGCUCCUCAAGUUCCUCAUCGUCACCUGCAGGAACAUGUCAAAUGUGGAAGAGAUCGGCGCCUGUUCCUACAUAAACCACAUCAUCACCAUGACAACGCUCUACAUCCAGCAGCUGAAGAGUAAGACGAAAGAGAAGGAGCUGGCUGAUCAGACACAGGCCGAGGAGUUUGUCCGUCACGCUCUGGCCUUCUGUGAGAGUCUGUAUGAUCCCUAUCACAACUGGAGGCAUCGCAUUCACCGACAGCAGCUCAGCGCUGUGGAGCGAAGCAGACAGAAGUUUAAAGCCGCACCGCUCACUGUAGAGUUUGUGCCCUUCUUCUACCAAUGUUUUCAGGAGAGUGAGCACCUGAAGGACAGUCUUAAAUGUUGUCUUUUGCACCUGUUUGGAGCCAUUGUCGCGGGUGGACAGCGUAACUCUCUGCUGGCCAUCUCUCCGGCCACGAUGGAGGUGCUGCUGGGAGUGUUGGGUGCCGGCGAGUGUCUGAGCGGAGAUGGAGACGGAGAGGACUGGGACAGUGAGGCUCCUGACAGGAAGUCUCUGUUGACUCUGGGCUGUUUGAGAGAGGUAGUACACCGGCUCCUGGCCAGCAGCUCCGAUCAGAGACAGGUGGAGAUCAGCUCUGUGCUGGAGAGCUACUUCAAACUGCUCAACUCGGACCCUGCCGCCACAGCGCAGGUCAAAGGUCACCCGUCGCCGCCUCGCUCUCGGCACUGGGAGAGCCGCUUCGUGGGGUUACAGGUGAACAUGCUCGAAACCAUUCAGGACAUGUUUGAGUGCAGCGACCGCCCCGUCCUGCAGGCCAUCUUCCUCAACAGUAACUGCUUUGAGCAUCUGACCCGACUCCUGCAGAACAGUAAGCUGGUUAACGCUAGGUGCACAGCUGCAGACAAGGACCAGAAAGAUUUAACCAACAGGUUACUGACAGGAGAGAGUGAGAUUCAGGUUUUCCAGGGGAGACUCGACUCUCUUGCCGUGGCAACAAUCAAAACUCUCACCACAGUGAUGCUCAAGUCACCUGCUGCAAAGGAAGUGUUUAAGGAGCGGAUCGGCUACGUUCACCUGUAUGAGGUGUUGGUGUCCCUGGGUCAGCCGUCCAGACACCUGCUGAAGGAACUCAUGAACAUGGCUGUUGAGGGUGAGCAUUCGUCCGUGGGUCUCCUGGGCAUCAGUAACGUGGAUCCUCUCCUGCUCCUGAUCCAGUGGCUUCCAGAGCUGGACUCUGCCGAGCUGCAGAUCUUCACAGCCGACUGGCUCCGGCGCAUCUGCGGUCUGAACCGGCGGACGCGAGCCACCUGCGUCAACUCCUGCAUGACUCUGGUGGUGCUGUCGGCCCUGGAGAGACACGAGCGGCUGCACCGGGCCUGUGCCGAGAGUCUGGUGGGCCUGUUGGGGUCUUUAGGCAGCCAGUCGCUGAGUUCCUCUGAGCUCCAGAAUCUGCUGAGACUCCUGCGUCAGGACGAGCCGGGCCGCGCUCACCCGUAUGUGGGACCGGUGCUGCGGGCGCUCCUGGGGAUGCUGCGCAAACAGGGCAUGGAGAGCGCCAUGCAGUACUUUGAUCUGUCACCGCCCAUGGCUGGCAUCGCCGUGCCAACCAUCCUCCGCUGGCCAGGCUCCGCCUUCAGCUUCUUUGCUUGGCUCUCAUUGGACCAAGAUCAGCUGGGCCCGCCCAGUAAAGGAGAGAAGAGGAAGCAGCUGUAUAGUUUUUUCACCCCGGGCGGCACCGGGUUCGAGGCCUUCAUCAGUUCAGCUGGAGUGCUUGUGGUUGCGGUGUGCACUAAGAAAGAAUACGUCACCGUCAUGCUGCCUGACUACUGCUUCUGUGAUUCGCUCUGGCACAGUAUCGGUGUGGUUCACGUUCCGGGGAAGAGGCCGUUCGGCCAGAGUCUGGUCUACAUCUUUGUGGAUGGACAGCAGAAACUAUCAGCACCUUUAAAGUACCCGACCAUGACUGAGGCCUUCACGUCGUGCUGUAUCGGUUCAGCGGGUCACCGCACCACGACGCCUCCUCCCUCUCAGAUCCCAGAUCCUCCGUUUUCUGGAGGCAAUCCCUCCGGACGCUCGUCUUUUGGCGCUAUCCUCCCGGGCUGGGGCGGCCUGCUAGGGACCAAACCGGAGUCUGUCACCAAACUGAUUUCGGCGGGGACUCAGGACAGUGAGUGGGGCAGUCCCACCUCACUACAAGGCCAGCUGGGAAGUGUCAUGGUCUUUCACGAGCCCCUUCAAGCCAGUCACGUCAAAGCCCUCUGUAGCGCAGGACCAAACUCUAUUUCCCCCUUUAAAAGUCCAGAGGCUGACCUCGGAGACCUGGUGCCCAAACUUCUGCUACACUAUUCUCCAAAGGCAUGCAGGAAAGCCAUUUGUCUGGAUUUGUCCCCUAAUGUGCUGCACGGUCGCCUGACAGGAAACAAGGUGGUCAACUGGGAUAUCAAAGACAUGAUCAACUGUGUUGGAGGGCUUUCUGUGUUGCUCCCAGUCUUGGAACAGUUGACUUUGUUAACCCCUGAUUUACAUCACGUGGACCCCUCGGGGUCAGAGUUCAUCACCCCUGACUUGACCACACCUUCUGACGGAGACUGGGUCAUACUGCCCUCAAACAGAGCGUCAGAGGCCAGAUUGGAGAAGAAUCUGGUGGCGACGUUCUUGCUGGUGAUCAAGCACUUCCUGCAGAGGCAUCCCAUAAACCAGGAAACCCUUCUGCACUCCCACGCUGUGGCCACGCUAGGAGCUCUGCUGCAGAAGCUGCCGGUGUUCCUGGUGGACGUGAGCGUGCUGGUGGCGGUUCAGCUGUUGAUCGAGCAGAUGACGUAUGAGAAGAACUCCCAGCUCCUGCAGCAGCUCCACACACACCUGCUCUUCAACUUCAACAUCUGGAACCAAGGAGAUUUCCCACUGCGCAUCGGCCACAUCCAGUACAUGUCCACCGUCAUCAAAGACAGCAGGAAGCAGUUCAGGAAGAAAUAUGGAGUGCAGUUCCUGCUGGACACUAUACGCCUUUACUAUGGUUCUGGAAGUAAAGAUGCAGAUCUGAGUGAGGAUGACAUUAAAACAAUCAGAGCUUCUCUCUGUGGCCUGCUGAAGUAUUACAUCAGCAAGGGAACCACCCAAGAGGAGAUCCAGAGCAUUCUGGGAUACAUCGCUGCCAUUGGAGACGAGGAACAGCUGUGUGGGAUGCUGGAGCUGCUGCUGACUCUGCUGCAGACCAGCGUGGCGCGGGACCAGCUCUUCCUGCUGCUGUUUGAACCUGGAGCAGCCGACUCCUGCUACGCUCUUCUGCUCAACAACAAACACUCCGACCGCCUCCGAGAGCUCGUCUUCAAGCUGUUUGAGCGGAUGCUGAAGUGUGACCGUGUGUAUGAGAAGAGCAAGCAGAGGUUACGCUUGAGGGACGUGGGAUACUCCGGCCUCAGUCUGCUGUUCUCUGAGCUGCACCUCACCUCCACCCUCAUCAAGUGCCUCCUUCACCAAGUGCUGUCUACCGACACUGUGGUGAACUAUAAAGAUCUGAUGGCUGUGGUUCAGCUGACCCAUAAAGCCGGGCCCAGUGUUCGCCUGACUGUAUGCAAGAGGGUGUAUGCACUGCUACAGUCUCAGCAGGACGCAGCGCUGCAGAUCUCCAGGCAGACGUGUUGGCAGGGCACUCUAAUGAGUCUGUUUGUCCGGAGCCCCGGGAGCGAUGGAGGGUCAGGUUCGGGCCGUUGUGACGCGGCCAGCCUGGGGAGUUUGGAGCUGAGCCGCAGCAGCGGAGGAAACCGUCUGGAGCCUCCUCUGGAGCGCAGGACUCUGGGAGACCAGCUUGAGGAGCGAGACAGCGCCUCAGACAGCAGGUCCAUAGACAGCCUGGACAACGGAGAGCUGAUGUCUCUCUCCGAAACACCAGGGGACACGCCGACACCCAAACCCUGGGGCGUGAACCUGUCCCAGCUGCAUCUGUUCGAUCACGGGGACAGCGGCAGUCAGACUCCGGGCAGCAUGCCAAGCACACCGUCUCCUCUGGAGAACGCAAAGCCCUUCCCCGGAGCUUCCUGUCUGAAUGAUGACCGCUUCCUGUUUAGUGACAAUAUGUCCCUCGGAGAGUCUUUCAACAGUGAGCGUGCGGAGGAGGAGUUGUCCCGUCUGCUGUUGGAGAUGGUGCUGUGUGUCAUGUGGAGAGGGGUGGAGGGGUCUGAUGACACCGCCUGGCUGGAGAGGGGGCAGGUGUUCUCCGCCCUCACCAAACUGGGCACUGCCAACGAGCUGCUGCUGCCCGUCGACCACAUCAAACUCAAUCUGAUGGAGAGGAUGCUGGAAUUGGCCGUAACGGACAACCGAGAGGCGACGACGGCCACGCUGCCGCAGCACACGGAGAACGCGGUGCGUCUUCUGCACAUGGUGCAGGACUUCCUGCAGGCCGAGGGGCUGGUGAAUCCCGCUCUGUGGACUGAGAGGGUUCUGGAGGACACGGUGACUCUGAUGGACGGGCUGAUGGUGUGGUACGCCUCCGGGACGCAGUGGCUCCAGCUGUCUCAGGUGGGACUACGGCUGCUGCUCGGGUUCAUGGCACAGGAAGACCCGCAGGUGUGUGCGAUGGCUACGGCCAAACUGAAUGGCAUCCUGCAGACGAAGACGGUGGACUCUCAGGACGAGGCCUGUUAUCUUCUGGGCCGUGUGGAGGAAAUCCUCAGGCGCUCCGUGAGCGAGGAGCGGACAGGGGAGACCUACUCGUUUUUAGUGCCUCUCCUCCGUACCCUCCUGUCUAAAGUCCACAAGCUCCUGUACAUGGAGCUGCACCUCCCCUCGCUCCCCGACACCAACGGGAGCCCGUCCUUCUUCGAGGACUUCCAGCUGUACUGCAGCUCUCCGGAGUGGAGGGUCUAUUUGGAUAAAUAUAUCAUCCCCUACAUGAAGCAAUAUGAGCUGGAGACGUUCAGUCAGGGUCAUGAGAACAUGGCUCUCUACUGGAAGGACUGUUAUGAGGCGUUCAUGCUCAAUCUGCACCGCAAGGACCGAGAGAGAGGAGAGAGCAAGAUACGCUUUCAGGAGCAGUUUGUGGAACCGUUCAGUCGCCGAGGGCGUCAGGAGAACCUGAGGUACAACAGCAUGCUGAAACAGAUCCACACGCAGAACAGCGCCAUCCUCAGGCAGUGGAGAGCGGCGCGCAGAGGACUCUUCUGUGAGAGAGGACCCUGGGUGGACAAGCAGCAGAAGGACAUUCACUGGAAGCUCUCUAGCGCUGAAAACUACUCUCGCAUGCGACUCAAACUGGUGCGGAAUUACAACUUUGACCCCCAUAAAGAAGCCAGUGCCUUGAGAGAUAACCUAGGUGUGCAGCACCAGCAGGUAAACGCCGAGUCACUGUUGUUAGAGGCGGUCAAACAGGUGAAGGUCAGUGAUCUGGAGGAUGACAUCCUGGAGCUCCUGGAGGAGGAUCCUGCUUCAGCCAAUCAGGCUGAUUCAGAAGAGGCGGGUCAGAAGGAGAAGCUGGUGAUCUCUGAGGACUGUGAGCUGGUCACGGUGGUGGACGUCUAUCCGGGUCGUCUGGAGCUCACCACACAACACAUCUACUUCUACGACAGCAGCACGGAGAAAGAGGAAGGUGUAGGUCAGGACUUUAAAUGGCCUCUGUCUCAGAUCAGAGAGAUUCACCUGCGCAGGUACAACCUCCGGCGCUCGGCUCUGGAGAUCUUUCUCAUCGACCAGACCAGCUAUUUCCUGAACUUCAAGAAGGAGGUGCGUAAUAAAGUGUACAGUCGGAUGCUGCUGCUGCGCUCUCUCUCUCUUCAUGCCACUCACUCGCCGCAGGAGCUGCUGGAAGCCUCUGGACUCACACAGAAAUGGGUGAACAGGGAGAUCUCAAACUUUGACUACCUGAUGCAGUUGAACACUAUAGCAGGACGGACGUAUAAUGAUCUGUCUCAGUAUCCUGUGUUCCCCUGGAUCCUGUCGGAUUAUACGUCCGAGGAGCUGGAUCUGUCCGAUCCGCGGGUGUUCAGAGAUCUCUCUAAACCUGUGGCCGUGCUGAACGAGAGGAACGCCAAAGCCGUCAGAGAGAAAUAUGAGAGUUUCGAAGACCCCACGGGCACCAUAGACCGUUUCCACUACGGCACGCACUACUCGAACGCCGCUGGAGUCAUGCAUUACCUGAUUCGCGUCGAACCCUUCACAUCCCUGCACAUCCAGCUGCAGAGCGGCAGGUUUGACUGUGCCGACCGUCAGUUUCACUCCAUUCCUGGCACCUGGCAGACCCUCAUGGACAAUCCCAACGACGUCAAAGAGCUCAUCCCAGAAUUCUUCUACUUCCCAGAGUUCUUGGAGAACCAGAACGGAUUUGACCUGGGUCGCUUGCAGAUCUCUAAAGAGAGGGUGAAUGAUGUCAUCCUGCCUAAAUGGGCCAAAUCCCCCGAGGACUUCAUCUACAAGCACCGCAAAGCCCUGGAAUCCGAGUAUGUGUCGGCCCAUCUGCAUGAAUGGAUCGAUCUGAUCUUCGGCUAUAAACAGAGGGGCCCGGCUGCAGUGGAGGCCCUCAAUGUCUUCUAUUACUGCACAUAUGAAGGGGCCGUUGAUCUGGACGCCAUCACAGAUGAGAAGGAGAGGAAGGCUCUAGAAGGCAUGAUCAGUAACUUUGGACAGACACCGUGCCAGUUACUGAAGGAGCCCCAUCCCGUGCGUCUCUCUCUGGAGGAGCUGGAGAAGAGGAGAACCCGUCUGGACUCCUGUCCUCUCAACAUAUUCGAGCACCUCACUGAGCUCAAGUCCUUCUUCAUUGAGGGCAUCAGUGAUAAUGUGCCGCUGGUUAAAGCCGUUGUCCCUAAGAACCAAUCCCAUUCUUUCAUCUCACAGGGGAGUCCAGAUACUCUGGUAACGCUGAGCCAGAACUGCUUGAUGGGAACUCACGGCUGGCUGCCCUACGACAAGAACAUCUCCAACUACUUCACCUUCAUCAAAGACCCGACCGUAGCCGGAGUAAAGACUCAGAGGUUUCUAGCUGGGCCGUUCUCUCCAGGGGUUGAAGUCACAGCUCAGCUGUUUGUUGUGUCUCAUGACGGGAAGUUGCUCUUCAGUGGAGGCCACUGGGACAACAGUCUGAGAGUGACGUCUCUCAUCAAGGGCAAAACAGUGGGGCAGCACAUCCGACAUAUGGACAUCGUAACGUGCCUAGCCACAGAUCACUUUGGGAUUCACCUGAUCUCUGGCUCUAGAGACACCACCUGUAUGGUGUGGCAGGUGCUACAGCAGGGUGGUGCUCCGGUGGGCCUGUCCCAUAAGCCAGUGCAGGUGUUGUAUGGACACACAGAUGAAGUUGUGAGUGUGUCUAUCAGUACAGAGCUGGACGUGGCGGUCUCUGGAUCACGGGACGGGACGGUGAUCAUUCACACUGUCCGCAGGGGUCAGUACAUGCGCUCUCUGCGGCCGCCGUGUGAGAGCUCUCUGCCCGUGUCCAUCAUGCACCUGGCUGUGUCCUGGGAGGGACAUCUGGUGGUGCACACCUGCGUCGAGGGCAAAGCCACUCUGAAGGAUAAGAACGCCCUGCACCUGUACUCUGUGAACGGGAAGCACCUGUGCAGCGCUCCUCUGAAGGAGCAGGUGACAGACAUGUGUGUUUCAGGAGAACAUGUCAUCAUCGGCAGCGAGCAGGGCUUCCUGUCUGUCAGAGAUCUCUACAGCCUGGCUCUGUGUGUGUCCCCGAUGGCGAUGCGGGUGCCCAUCCGCUGUGUGUCGGUGACCAAGGAGCAGUCUCACGUUCUGGUGGGACUCGAUGACGGCAAGCUGAUCGUGGUGGGCGUGGGGAAACCUGCGGAGGUAAAAAACUCCUUCAGGAACUACAUCACCCAGAGGAUGGAGGGCUCUCCUCUCAUGAACACGCUGCGUGUGCGAUCGCCCGCACGCCUGCUGCAUCUCAGAGACCAGAACACGUUCAGUCCUGACAUCAUCUGAGAGAAAUACAUACACACUUACCAGAUACAUAACAUCAAUUUCACACGCUUAGCUAUCGAAGUGGAGACUAUAGUUUAAUCUGAACCUAAAACAAUUACUCUUCCUCUUAAAGAAUAGAUAAAUUUUUUUAUUAAUUAUUCAAAAGUUCAAAAAGACAUUUUUUAGAGGUUUGUUCUCAAAACUAUAAAUAAACAAACAAUACACAAAUUAGCAUUGUAAUAACAUAACAAUGCAUUGAUACUGUUGCCAAGGAUUUUUAUCCUGAGCAUGUGUAAUCAGUGGUGAUUGUGUGAAGUGCAGUAGUUGAUAUUGGUUUUGGUUUUCUCUUAGCAGUUGUAGAGAGUCGUAACCAAACCAAACCAAACCACCCGUCACGUUAAUACUAACACUGCUAGUAAUAAUACCAUAUAACAAUAGUAAGAAUAAAUAACUUGUAGUGUCAUUCUAGAUUAAUUGUAAAACUGUUUUGAUGGUUUUCUUCUUUUUUGUUUUGUUUUGUUUACAAGAAAAAAAUAAUUCAAUGUGACCGAAUGCAUAGGUAUUUAUUAAUAUUCCAAACAAUGCAAAGCGUUCUCAAGGAUUUUCUCUUUAAUAUCACUAGCUUGAAUAGCAGCAUUUGGGUUUCUACAUUAUGAUAGUUUUACUCAGAGAAUAUACUGUACAUUUUCAUUCACCACAUUGACAUAAGGAGUGCUAUAAUGACAUUUCCUCUGCCAUCACUUUUCUCUUUCUGAGUAAGUCAAAAUUAAGCACACUUGACAUAUAGCUACUUCCUUGAAUUAUCGCACAAUAUUUGAUAUAAACUCUUAUCGCAGGCUUGAGUUCUGAGAUUAGUUAAGGUGCAAGUAGUCUGUGCCUCAGACAGAAAAAAUGGAGAACACUGAUUCAAUUGGCCACUUUCAAUUUGUGCAUUAGAGCAUGUUUCUGUAUUAAGAUGUCAGUUCAGACUUGAAGAGUUUGUAUGCACACAUAGUAAGUACUUACAAUCACACAGCCCUGCAUCUUGAAAAAAAAAAACUGUAUAAUGUUGUCAUUUGAUUUUGCUGAGUUAAAAAAUAUCAUUACAAAUUUUUCAUCUUGUACAGAUUUUUGACAAAAUAAUAAUAAAUAUUUUUUUUUAAAUGAUCCGUUCAAAUUAACUAAUUAACCGAAAUAACUCUUAACGCAGUCAGGUAUCAAAGGCUUCAGGUUUAAUGACAAAAGAAGUAUUCAUAUUUUAUUUUUUUUUUUUAUUUUCAAAUACUCAAUUUAAUGUCAAGGAAGGUUACAAAAUAAGCUUUUUUUAAUUUUCUGUCGCUGUUUGGAUGUAGUAAAACACCCACAGGUGUUACAAUGGCCAUAAUCCAAAUAAUGUCUUCAGAAUAAUUCAUGCAUGUGAAAAUUUUACAAAUAUUUGUUAGCUGACCUGAUUACAGAUAAAGGAAGAUGUGAAUUAUGUCUGUGGUGGUUUUAAGGGUAAUACAACACCUCCUCAGCUUACAAAUGGUUGUAAAAUACAAGGAUGCUGCAAAAUUUGCAUCAUAUGUGAGAAAGUAUGAUAGAUGAAUCAGCAGCCCAAAAUUGGUAAGAAACGAGCAUUGGAUUUCAUUCAGCAAACAUGAUGCAGGGCAGUGAUCCUUAUCUCAUCUUCUUGUUUUGAACUUCACUUAAAAUUAACAUUUUGAUUUUGCACUAACCUCAAAAUGAAUCCAGCACAGAUGAUCUCACAUGCACUCAUCAAUCACCUUUUUUCCCCUCCACUGUUCACCUCCUCUUUACUUUUAUCCUUCACUUCCCUCUCCUCUCCUCUCCGUUCCUCAGAUGCGUUCUGGCCAGAUUACGAGGAAACUCUGGGGCUCUAGUAAACGUCUCACUCAGAUCUCGUCUGGAGAAACAGAGUAUCACACCCAAGAGCAGCCCUGACCCCGCCCCCCUCCUGCCUGAUUGGCCCACAGUCCUGUCAAUCACCCAAAACCAUUGUUUCAGUUUUGAGGAUGGCUCUCUCCUCUUGCUGAAACAAUAUGAAGGACUUUUUUAGCACCUGUAUGCAAAACUGUGUGUGUGUGUGUGUGAGUCAAAUGGAUGUGUGUUCCCUCGUGUUGUAGACGUGUAGUUGGACUGGUGCAGGCACCAUCUAACUAUACGUGUCUGAUUCUGUGAAAACCACCUUCUCUGUCGUUUUUCCACCACAUAUGCCACGCCCCUUUAGUUAAUCAUAACCAUCAUCAUCAGCAUCAUUACAGCGUGUUUUUGUCACGUCAGGAUUUAUGUGUUUUUGUAGUACGUGUCCAGUUAUUCAUUCGUUUCUUAGUGGCCUUGUCAUAUUAAAUGACUUUCAUAGGAGAACUUUGGAUGUUUUAUUAGUGGACACAGGCAUUAUUUAUUUGCACAGUCUUGCUCUUGCACAGACCUCGGAAAGUGGAUGACGGUUCACACCAGUAUAAUUCACAAUACCUAUGACAUAUUCUGUUCCAAUAGACCAACACAUUUUAUAGCGAAACUGACAAACACUGAUUUUUAUUGUGCGUAACUGUUGAAUAUUGUCAUUCAUUACUUGAAUUGUGAUGUAGUUUUUUCAUUGAAGAAUGCAAGAUUGAAUUUUGUCGUGGACAUAUACAUGCGAACCGCUAUACAGCCAAUUCUACAGUUUGGUUUCUAGAUUAGUUGCGUCUGAAGUUUGUUUUGUUUGAUAAAACACUACAGAUACACAGGAGGACAAGUUUCGAAGGGCUUUGUGAGACACGACAGUAAGCAAUACAGUUUUGUCCCUCUGAUGACUCUUAUUGAAGCAUUCCACAGGCUAAUCGCUGCCCUGCAGUCUUCCUAGUAUCCAAACCGAGCUCUACAUAGAACAGCUAGAACCAAUGCAGCUUGAUGCAAUAGUCCAGUGAGACGCUGUUUCCCCUCCUCUUUUUAUAUUUCUAAGCCAUGCAGUCUCCAUUUACUAUGCAGGUAAACUUCCAGGCCUUUUAGAGAAUUCUCACAGUUACUGAUUGACAUCUCCUCCAUAUGUAGUUUUUGAUUUCUUCACCGAAGGCUUGAGAUAUACGCGUUUCCCUUACAAGAAUGUACUGUAGUACCCAUAGGUUUUGGGCCCACCAAAAUUGUUUUAUUGUAGUCACUGUGAAGGAUCUCAUUUAAACUGUUUCAGAAACCUUUUGCAUUUGUUAAUAUAUAAAAUUACUACACUUGUACAGUGAUAAUAACUGGUAUUUUGAUGGAGGCGAUCAUCACCAUGAUGAUAAUUAGUUUUUUAGUUCAGUUCUCAUUUUCUUACACUAAUGUCCUUCCAAGUGACAACAUUAAUUUCUUUACUUACGAACAGUUGUUUUGAAACUUAAAAGUGAUCGGUAAUAUGAAGAUGUUAAUGAAGAUACGAAUACCAAAAUGCAGAUGUCUUUAUCAGGAUGUUUUGUGUGUGGUAUGUUCUUCCAUAUAUAUGUGCUUUAGUUUGAAGUGGUGCUGAAUUUGAAUAGGGAUGAGUUAUGUAACUUAUGUUGCAUUUUCUAUCACAAAGAGUUCCCUGCAUCUGCUGGUUGCUUUGGAAAUAAGUUAUACCAAGAGAUCUCAAUUAAUGCUUUGAUAUCUCUGCUGUUAAUCUUUUUUUUUAAAUCCUUAAUUUUUUUUUUUUUUUUUUAACGGGAGAUCCCAGAGGUGGCUGUUUUUAUUCACAUAUCUAUUUGUAUGUAUAUGUGUUUUUCUUCCUUUAAUUAAAUGAAUGGAGUGCCUUUUUUAUUCUGUCGUCAUGCAAAUUAGACUCCAUGAUCUGAACUCUGUAGCAUGACUUUUUGUGACCCCUGUGGACAGCCACGGUUUCUGUGGGAACCAGAUAACCAUCAGACCUGUGACUUACUGAGCUGCUUUUAUUUUAGGCGUCACUAAUGGAUGUGUGUGUAUAUCUGUGCUUAUUUAUGAAUCCAGUUUGAAAUGUACAGCAUGAAUUUCAUUUCUGUUUAUGAAUUUAUUUUUUUGCACUUUCCAGGUACGACAGAUUUUAAGAGAUUGUUUUAAAUGUCUGCUUGAUCUGUACAGAGAAACUGCUUUGUUAUACGUGAAGAUUUAUCAUUAAAGCCCUGUUGAAAAGUU